AUGGAGAAAUGUAUUAACAUGGAGAACUGUAUUAACAUGGAGAAGUGUAUUGAAAUGGAGAAGUGUAUUGAAAUGAAGAAGUGUAUUGACAAGGAGAAAUGUAUUGAAAUGGAGAAGUGUAUUGAAAUGGAGAAGUGUAUUGAAAUGAAGAAGUGUAUUAACAUGGAGAAAUGUAUUAACAUGGAGAAGUGUAUUGAAAUGGAGAAGUGUAUUGAAAUGAAGAAGUGUAUUAACAUGGAGAAAUGUAUUGAAAUGGAGAAGUGUAUUGAAAUGAAGAAGUGUAUUAACAUGGAGAAAUGUAUUAACAUGGAGAACUGUAUUAACAUGGAGAAGUGUAUUGAAAUGGAGAAGUGUAUUGAAAUGAAGAAGUGUAUUGACAAGGAGAAAUGUAUUGAAAUGGAGAAGUGUAUUGAAAUGGAGAAGUGUAUUGAAAUGAAGAAGUGUAUUAACAUGGAGAAAUGUAUUAACAUGGAGAACUGUAUUAACAUGGAGAAGUGUAUUGAAAUGGAGAAGUGUAUUGAAAUGAAGAAGUGUAUUGACAAGGAGAAAUGUAUUGAAAUGGAGAAGUGUAUUGAAAUGGAGAAGUGUAUUGAAAUGAAGAAGUGUAUUAACAUGGAGAAAUGUAUUAACAUGGAGAACUGUAUUAACAUGGAGAAAUAUAUUGAAAUGAAGAAGUGUAUUGACAUGGAGAAAUGUAUUAACAUGGAGAAGUGUAUUGAAAUGGAGAAGUGUAUUGAAAUGAAGAAGUGUAUUAACAUGGAGAAAUAUAUUGAAAUGGAGAAGUGUAUUAACAUGGAGAAAUAUAUUGAAAUGAAGAAGUUUAUUGACAUGGAGAAAUGUAUUAACAUGGAGAAGUGUAUUGAAAUGAAGAAGUGUAUUAACAUGGAGAAAUAUAUUGAAAUGGAGAAGUGUAUUGAAAUGAAGAAGUGUAUUAACAUGGAGAAAUAUAUUGAAAUGGAGAAGUGUAUUAACAUGGAGAAAUAUAUUGAAAUGGAGAAGUGUAUUAACAUGGAGAAAUAUAUUGAAAUGAAGAAGUUUAUUGACAUGGAGAAAUGUAUUAACAUGGAGAAGUGUAUUGAAAUGAAGAAGUGUAUUAACAUGGAGAAAUAUAUUGAAAUGGAGAAGUGUAUUAACAUGGAGAAGUGUAUUGAAAUGAAGAAGUGUAUUGACAUGGAGAAAUAUAUUGAAAUGGAGAAGUGUAUUGACAUGGAGAAAUAUAUUGAAAUGAAGAAGUGUAUUAACAUGGAGAAAUAUAUUGAAAUGAAGAAGUUUAUUGACAUGGAGAAAUGUAUUAACAUGGAGAAGUGUAUUAACAUGGAGAAGUGUAUUGAAAUGAAGAAGUGUAUUAACAUGGAGAAGUGUAUUAACAUGGAGAAGUGUAUUGAAAUGAAGAAGUGUAUUAACAUGGAGAAGUGUAUUGAAAUGAAGAAGUGUAUUAACAUGGAGAAAUAUAUUGAAAUGAAGAAGUGUAUUAACAUGGAGAAGUGUAUUGACAUGGAGAAAUGUAUUGAAAUGAAGAAGUGUAUUGACAUGGAGAAGUGUAUUGAAAUGAAGAAGUGUAUUGAAAUGAAGAAGUGUAUUGACAUGGAGAAGUGUAUUGAAAUGAAGAAGUGUAUUGACAUGGAGAAGUGUAUUGACAUGGAGAAAUGUAUUGAAAUGAAGAAGUGUAUUGACAUGGAGAAGUGUAUUGAAAUGAAGAAGUGUAUUGACAUGGAGAAAUGUAUUGACAUGGAGAAAUGUAUUGACAUUGAGAAAUGUAUUUGGAUGUAG